UAAGAGGAAGCCCUCAGUCUAAGAGUUGCUACAGGCUAUAGCGCACCUGCAGUCAGACACAUAGCCUUAGAGACCGACUGGGGGUUAGAUCCUGUGUGUGUGUGUGUGUGUGUUAAUGGGCAGAUGAGGUGAAAGAUUGAGGCAGAAUGCCUCGGAGAUAGUUCAGGAACGGCAUGGAUCAGAUCUUCACGGAGACGAGCAGCGGAACAGACAGGGCUUUGGAAGGCAGUAGGGUAGUGAGCGGGAUGGGAGGGGAGGAGAUGAGAGGUUCUUCAGGUGAGUCGACUGAGGAGGAGGAGGAGGAGGAGGUGGAGGAGGUAGUGGCAUGGGAUCAGAGGGGCUCUGAGCUGGGCUUUAGGUUGUACAUGAGGGACGAAGUGGAGAGGAGUUCAGAAGCAAACGUAGAGUCCGCCCCACGGCUGGGCAGAAGGGCAAUGACCCUUCCAGCGGGGCCACGCAGGGAACCGCCGCAAACGCUCGGCGAGGAACAGAUAGAGCAAAAACUUUGGGGGGGAGACCAGGCAAAGGAAGAGGAAGGUGAGAGGACGGGGACGAAGGAGGGCGCAGUAGUGAGGCAAGGGGAGACAACGGAGAGAGCGCUGGAGGUGUGCUUGAGUCCCAUCGAGCAAAGCAAAGGCUAUGUGCGAAUCUCUCUGGAUGAGGUCGAAAGAUACUACAGGUUUUCCCGCUGCUGCCAUUGGCUGAACCAUGAGAUCAUGCAGCAGGAGUGCAGCCCUCUCGGUGCCGCUGACAUCACCCCUGACCUCAGGAAGCAGUUUGCCUUCCUUUCAGGGGGCAGAGGACAAAAUGGCAGCCCCAUCAUCGUGUUCCCAGAAUUCCCUGCUUUCGGAGAGAUCUUGGAAACAGAGUUCCACAACGUGCUUACCUACUUGACCAGUGUACCCAGUCUCUCGGCCACAGGGGUGGGCUUCGUUCUGGUCAUCGACCGCCGGCAGGACCGAUGGGCGGCCGUCAAGGGGACCCUGCUUCGAAUCGCAGGCUCCUUCCCAGGGAACCUCCAGCUGGUUCUGGUUCUGAGGCCCACCACGCUGCUGCAGCGCACGCUCUCCGACAUCCUCUUCAAGUUCAACAAGGAUGAGUUCAAGAUGAAGGUGCCGGUGAUCAUGCUGAGCUCUGUGACGGAGCUCCACUCCUACAUAGAGCGCAGUCAGCUGACCCAGGAGCUGGGGGGAACCCAGGAGUACUGCCACGAGAAGUGGAUCUCUCACCGCACGGCCAUUGAGGGCUUUGCGCUGAUGGUGAAGAAGACGGCUCAGAGCCUGCAGGUGUUUGGCAUGGAGCUGGCUGAGACGGAGCUCCCGGGCGAUAUCCUGGCCACCACCAGCCUGCUGGGGACCCACACCAGCAAGAAGGACCACAUGAAGGGGGAUAUGCUGGUGGCGCUGGCCCAGGGCAGCAGGCUGCUGGAGAGCAUCAAUGAGCCAGUGGUACGAGACCCGGACCACAACAUGACCCAGGAUGAACUAGAGAACCUCGCUACAGUGCAGAGGCUGCUAUCACAGUUGGACGAGACCGAGCGGGCGUUCGAUCAGUUUUGGGCGCGGCACCAAACAAAACUGACCCAAUGUCUUCAGCUGCGCCACUUUGAGCACAAUUACAAAGAGCUGAUGGCCCAGCUGGACCAGGUGUCUGAGAAGCUGGGAACGUACUCCGAAGUGGGCAUCAGCCCUGCGCACGCCGACCACAUAUUCCGUGACCUGACAAACUAUGAGGGAAAAGUCUGUGAGUUGCUGGACCGAACCGCGGCUCUGGCCCAGGAGGGCGACUCGCUGAUCCAGAACUCGCACUACGCGGAGGACUCCCUGCAGAGCAGCUGCAACGAGCUCCGAGCCCUGAGCUCCGAGCUGAGCAGCACCCUGAGGGCAAAGAAGGACCUCCUCCUGCAGGCCAUGGAGCUCCACCACAGCCUGGAGAGGGCGGCCAAGUGGUGCGACGACGGCAUCUACCUGCUGGCCUCGCAGCCCGUGGACCGCUGCCAGUCCCACGAGGGCGCCGAGGCAGCCCUGCUGGAGCUGGAGCGCUACCUGGAGGCCGCGGGCCAGAACCUGCUGACCGACCGGGCCACCAUCUGCACCCAGUACGAGGCCGUGCUCAACCAGGAGUUCAUGGACCAAGUGGAGAAGGUGCUCCAGAAGCAGACGUCCAUGCAGGAGAUGUUUGAGAAGAGGAGGAUCAGCCUGAAGAAGCUAGCGGCCAAACAGACCAGACCCGUGCAGCCGGUGGCCCCGAGGCCAGAGGCCAUUAUCAAGUCCCCUCUCAACUCACCAGCACACAGAGCACAACAGGAGAAGAACCUAGAGGGAGACUCUGGGAAUGACGUCAGUUGUAAAAAGGACGACGGUCAGCAGCAGAACGGAGGCAUCCACAGCCGACAAGCUUCUCAGUCGGAGCAGGAAGAGAACCUGGCCGUGUUGAGACGGCAUGUCAUGAAUGAGCUCCUGGAGACAGAGAGAGCCUACGCAGAGGAGCUCCUCUGUGUUCUUCAGGGCUAUGCAGCAGAGAUGGACAACCCAGCGAUGGCUCAUCUGAUGCCCGCAGCACUGCAGAACAAGAAGGACGUCCUGUUUGGCAACAUGCUAGAGAUCUACCACUUCCACAAGAGGACGUUCCUGGGGGAGCUGGAGGCGUACACAGACGUCCCUGAGUUGGUGGGAAGAUGCUUCCUGGAGCGGAUGACGGAGCUGCAGAUCUAUGAGAAGUACUGUCAGAACAAGCCCCGCUCAGAGAGCUUAUGGAGGCAGUGCUCCGACUGCGCCUUCUUCCAGGAAUGCCAAAAGAAGUUGGAGCAUAAGCUGGGCUUGGAUUCCUACCUCCUGAAGCCUGUUCAGAGGAUCACCAAGUAUCAGCUCCUACUGAAGGAAAUGCUCAAGUAUAGCAAGGGCUGUGAGGGGACUGAUGACCUCCAGGAGGCACUGUCCUCCAUCCUGGGCAUCCUGAAGGCCGUCAACGACUCAAUGCACCUCAUCGCCAUCACUGGCUACGAGGGUAAUCUGACGGAGUUGGGCCGGCUGCUCAUGCAGGGCUCGUUCAGCGUGUGGACGGAGCACAAGAAGGGUCACGCCAAGGUGAAGGACCUGGCGCGCUUCAAGCCCAUGCAGCGCCACCUCUUCCUGCACGAGAAGGCGCUGCUGUUCUGCAAGCGCCGGGAGGAGAACGGCGAAGGCUACGAGAAGGCCCCCUCCUACAGCUUCAAGCAGUCCCUCAGCAUGAGUGCGGUCGGUAUUACUGAGAACGCAAAGGGCGACAACAAGAAGUUUGAAAUUUGGUGCAACUCCCGGGAGGAGGUGUACAUUGUUCAGGCACCAAGUGCUGACGUGAAAACCACCUGGGUGAACGAGAUCCGGAAGGUUCUGACCACCCAGCUGGAGGCGUACCGAGCUAGCCAGCAGAGGGUGCCAGACCAGGUGUUACAGUUUCCCCCUGGCGCCGGUGGACCAGUCAGUCCAUUGAAGAGCCAGAGAAGUCUGAAGAAGGGCGAGGAGAAGAGAGCUGAGCCGAGCCCCGAUGCCAUCUCCUCCUCCCUUAAGCCUGCUGUGAAAGGUAGUUUGGGUCCAGGGCUGGACGAGAUCGCCACCAGCCCUACCUCAGACAGAGCUGCCGUGGCUAAGAAGCGCUUCACCUUGCAGGGCUUCAGUAACCUGAAACCACAGAAAGAGCCCUCCACCACUGAUGAUAAGAGCCUCACGUUACCCAUGAUGCUCCUCCCCGCACCAGUAGGCUCUCCCACGAGCCCCGACCACAAGACCAAGCGGCAUGAGAUCAAGAGUGACCCCACGCCCUUCGGCUUCAAAGGCUGGACCAAGGCCUCGGUGUCGCUGGACGCCUCGGGGGAGAACGACGGCUACUCCAGCGCAGAGGAGCCGCUCAACUCAGACCCCGAGGAGGAGGCCCCCAAGAGACUGAGCGCUGGGAAGUACACGGUGGUGGCCGACUGCGAGAGGCCCGGGGCCCAGGAGCUGGCGGUGGCGAGCGGGGACACGGUGCAGCUGGUGAAGGAAGGAGAAGACGGACAGUGGUUUGUACAAAACCUGAAGACGAGUAAAGAAGGGUGGGUCGCUGCUGCUAAUCUGCUCACCCUGAUUGGACCGUCCCAGUCUUGUCAAUCACUCACCAGCUCAGAGGGAAGUGGCUCGGGGAGCCUCAGCACCUCAUCGAGCUGCAGUGAGACCUAAAUCAGCUUCUUUGCCAUCGAACCCUGAACCCCUCCGUCCCCCAUCACAGAGCAACGAGCACAGCAAGCUACGACGCAACCCUUGCACUGCACCCUCUGAUGAAGGCUGUAUCACUACACAUUUCCUGUAAACAACCUGGUUCUCCAGAGAAUAUAUCCAGCAAAUUUUCCAAACCAUAGCCAAGCCAUUUCAGAAUUCUCUCAAGUGACAUUGUAUUGUUGUCGAUCAGCCAUUGUUGUCAUUUAAACAGUGUGUGUUUGUGUAUGUGUGUGUGCGGGAGUGUUUGCGUGGAAGGGGUCAAGAGGAUUGUAAUAGAUGUAUAUGUGGACCAGCAGGACUGAUCUGUAAGUGCAUCUCUAGGUAUUCACGUUAAAGUGGGGCGAGCUUUGCUUACAUACAGAGGCUUCUCUUGGGCUUAAAACUGUAUGUCCAUCCGCAAAAACACCACGUAUUUGCAAGAGUGGCAUGGGCAAUUCUGUAACUACAAGACUGAAAUGAAGAGGAAAAGCAGUUAACUGUUGGUAAAUGUUGCUGUCAAUGAAUUAUUUUCAAUCCCCCUUUUUUCCAAAGUUAGUUAUAUUUAGAUGUGCUGCGUUCUGAGAGGAAACACAAAACACUGCAUAGUUUAAUAUCCCUUUAGUCCUUUCAGCUGUCCCCACCGGUCUCCCUCUUUAUUGUCAUGCUUUUGUUACGUUUGUCUUGUGUCCAUGUCUUCCCAAGCACACACUGCAUCCAUAAGGCUUUUUCCUGUAGGUUUUAUGGUCCUAUUCAUUGUUGGGCCUAUAUGUGGGCCCAUGAUCCAAUUCAAAAUGUGAAUAAUCAGACGUUGAUGUAUAGAGCUAACUUAUUCCCUCUGAGGGAUCAUGUUCUGAAUGUAGAUAUUGUGAAUUCAUUUCUGUCUCUCAUAAAAUGUUCUGAAAUAAUAUAUUGUACAUUGAGUAUGGUAAUGCCACAGAUUGGUGACUUGUCUAUUGCUUUUCUAUAUAAAUAAAUGACGUGAUCAUACACUUA